UUGAUGAACAGGCUGACGAAAGCAAUUAUGAUGAGCAGGGUAUUUCAGCUCAAACUAUGGAGAGACUGAGGGUGACGUCCUAAGUAUGAAGCAAAUACUUCGGUACAAGCUUCAGUUCUGUAAGAUGCCACUGUCACAAUGUGUUUCAGACUCUUGAGAAGACAAAGUUUUGUAUUUUAGUACUAACAUUUAGUUUGAACAAUUAUCUAAUUGUAAUUCUCUAGGGUGCCAGAGAUAGGUAUUUCUAACUCGCCCGCUGUCCCCAAUCCUGUUCACUUGUAGCAUGCGCAGUGAGGUUUGCUCGGGGCUAGGCGUGUCUGGCCCGCUGUGACCGACACGGUCCCGUUGGCUGCCCUGGCCAUCGCUCUGCGCCAGGGAGUGGUGUUUCCCAUAGAAGGCGGUGUUUCCCAGCUAGUGGGAAGGAGCCAGAAGGCCGGCCGAGGGAUACCUGUGCACUUGAGCUAACAGAGGGCCACCGUGACUCUCUGCCAGAGAAUACUGAGCGCCAGGUUAUACUUGAGGAAAAAACUGCCUCCAAAAAGAGGAGUCUUGACAAUACACUGGUGGGGGAGAUACUUUUUAAGAGGAUGACACUGAACUCACACUGCUAGUUCCCUGGGCGCGCCCGAAUGGGUUUUAAAAAGGGGAAAGGAGGAGCCCUCAUUUUAGAAGGUAGUCUGCAGGUUCCUGCUCCCCAGUUACAGCUAAUGCUGCGUAAGUUUACAAGUCCCCAGAGCGUUACCAACCAGAAAACAAGCAAAGCAGCUAUUCCGAGACCUUUUCUGCUGAUCAGUCAGAUGUUGUAGGUUUAAAAAAAAAAAAAAAAGUGUAUAUUCAGGACACUUUGAAGCUGUGUAACGUACCUGAAAUUAUCCCCAGGGUAGGACAGGGUGCUACUAUUAUGUCAACUUUUUCGUAAACUUACUGGUCUGUUACUUAUGAAGUAGUAACUUUUUUCCUUAAAAUAAAAGUAACUUUUCUUGGAUUUGGGGUGAAAUUUUGUUUUAAAAGUUUAGCUUUGCUCUCAUGUGAUGGGCAUUGUUGGCCCGGGCCUGCGAUCCUCCAGUUCCUGCCCGACAAGGUGUACUUGCUGAGCCGACAAACUGUCUGGAAGGAGGAAGCAAGUACUUAUUUACCAGUUAACUCUUGUAAUCAAGGUUACAAAACAGGGAUCUGUUCAUUAACACUGUAUCAUUCUUGAUAUAUAAAAAGCACUUUGUAUUUAAAACUUUAUUAUAAAUAUAAAUAUAUAUAUAUUGAUUUUUUUAACCUAGAAACUAGAUAUUACCUCUUGGUUGUUUGCCACAUUAAUAUCCUCUUAGUGCUGAAACCUCACCCAUUAACAGUCCUUCCUCUGUGUACCUGACAGACGUGUUUAGGUGACUGUCCACUCAAGCUCAUUGCUCCUCUUGUCUUCUCAUGUCAGAGCCAGUGGGCUUUAGGUCUGAUCCUAGCCAUUGUGUGUGAGGAGAAAUUAUUUUAUUGCUCCUGUUAAUUUCAGUACUGAGGCAGUGAAGCCAUUUUGUUCUGCCAGAAGCUGACCACCUUUUCCGUGGUACUAGUAAACCAUUUCCUGCACGUGUGGAAAGCUCGGUUAACUGUUUUCCAUUAAAGCUUCUGUUCAAAUGAGCGUUGGUACAUUUGGGGAGAAGAGUCUGGGUGGUGAAAUAAAAGUAUUCUGGAAAAUCAUGGUCCUUCAGUUAUGCAGAAGUCAGCACAGCCCCCUUGUCAUGAGUAACGGUGACAGCUCUUGCUCAGCCGGGAGUGGUGGGAGGCCCUCGGGUGGGCUUUGGGAGCAGUCACUUGUGCUGGGACUGCAUGUGUAGUGAAGAGAGGUACCUUCUCUGGGAGUCCUUAGAUGUAUACCAGCUACUAAGUGUAGAAUUUAAAGUAUAAGUUUCUCACAUCUGCUGUUUUAUGUUGUGCUUUUUUUUUUUUUUUUUUUUUUAAUUGGGAGUUUCCAUAAAAAUUAGGUUUGCUAAUCUGGUCCACCAUAUCCUGUGAGGUAGUUGGGCAUCUGAAGUGCUGGUCAUGUUCAGAGAGGCAGGGGAUGGGGAUUGCCUUAGUUUCGAUAUUAAAAGUAAAUUUUUAUAAACUCUGCAUUUUAGGAUUAGGAAAUCAUAAGGUGUUACUGUCUUUUCCUUCCUGCCCCUGGUUACGUAAAUAGUUUCUCUCCUUCGCCUCAGUGCAGCUUUAGAAAAUCUUUAUCCUUCCAAAUGAGUUUGGAUCGUUGUGGACAUUUUCCAAAUAGUCUUUCAGGGAUGGCGUCAGUGGCCUAUGACCAAGACAUUUGUCCUCUGCUUUGGGUCUUCAUUGUGGUUUUUCUCCAAUCCCGGUGGGAAGGGCUUUGAGGCAUCCCCAGUGCUAUUUAAUAUCAGUCCUCACACCAUGCCUUUAAUUUUAGCUCAACCCAUUGUAGUCCACCGGUAAGGUAAGUGUCCCCACCUAUGGCAGGCUGGAGUUCGAGAACCCUUCCUCCAGCAUCUAGGCUCACCCUCAGGGGUCCCAGCCCCCCGCCUGUGGAUUCUGACUCCACAUCUCACCAGCCCCCAGGCCACCUUCCUUGACCGCUGCUCUCUGAGUCUGCGGGAAAGGGCAUCCUCCAUUCUGGCGGGCAUUUACUGAACUAAACUGACGGGAGUCUGACCAGCUGUUUGGGAAAGCUGCUUAUUAGCCUCACUGGCUCCUUCCUGCCGAGGCCCAGGCCUCCCCAACCUGCCCCUGAAGUGUAGGGGGGCGGGGAGCCACAGAGCUGUGCUUUCCCUGGGGGAGGGGAUUCAACUGCAGCCCUAGGGGAUGGUGGAGAGGACUCCACACCAAAUCCAGGUAUUUACUAUAUAAGGUCUGAUCAUUUAAGAAUGCUGGAAACCAUGCAACGUAUUUCCCCCACCCCCCCAUCUGUGCCACACUAAUUUUGUGAUUUAGAUUGCUUUCAUGGGUGACUGUUCAAUGAAACCAGGGUUGGUUUGUUUGGGUUUUUCUUUUGCUACUUAGAUAUUUAAAGGUACAUGUUUCUUAGUUCAAAUCUCUACUGAUAGUGCCCUAUGGGAAGAUGCUGGAACACAUUUUGUAAAUGUGACUUUUUUUUUUUUUUUUAGUUUUGCUUGAAGCCUGUGUCAUAAUGUCAGUUGCUGCUGCCUUUUUUCCUUUUAUGAGGUUCCCAAUGUUUCUUCCAGAAAAUUUAUUUAUGCAAGUCAGGUGACUCUUAGACCACAAGACCAUUUGAUGAUAAACAAAUUAUCAUUAGAUUUCCUGAGUCAGUUCACCGCUUCCCACCAAACCAGCGGCGCGUUCCUGGAGACGGACUCCAUGCCCAAGCGUUUCGGAGGGUGCCCAGCUCUCGAGUUUGCCAUAGUCAAUGGACCAGUUAGCAGACCCGCAGCAGGACGUGAGAUUACGCUUCAUGUCAGUAGAAAUGGACAGCAGCAGUUUUAUUCAGUUUGAUGUGCCCGAGUACAGCAGCACCGUUCUGAGCCAGCUAAACGAACUCCGCCUGCAAGGGAAACUAUGUGACAUCAUUGUCCACAUUCAGGGUCAGCCAUUCCGAGCCCACAAAGCCGUCCUUGCCGCCAGCUCCCCCUACUUCCGGGACCAUUCAGCAUUAAGUACCAUGAGUGGCUUGUCAAUAUCAGUGAUUAAGAAUCCCAAUGUGUUUGAACAGUUGCUUUCAUUUUGUUACACUGGAAGAAUGUCCUUGCAGCUGAAGGACGUGGUCAGUUUCCUCACUGCAGCCAGCUUUCUUCAGAUGCAGUGUGUCAUUGACAAGUGCACGCAGAUCCUGGAGAGCAUCCACUCCAAAAUCAGCGUUGGAGAUGUUGACUCUGUUACCGUCGGUGCUGAAGAGACGCCCGAGAGUCAGAAUGGAGUCAAAGACAGCAGCUUCUUCGCCAACCCUGUGGAGAUCUCCCCCCCGUAUUGCUCUCAGGUACGGCAGCCCACCACGAGCGCCGAUCUCCGCAUGGAGACGACGCCCAGCAAAGCGCUGCGCAGCCGCUUGCAGGAAGAAGGGCACUCGGACCGAGGGAGCAGCGGGAGUGUCUCUGAGUAUGAGAUUCAGAUAGAGGGUGACCACGAGCAGGGGGACCUGUUAGUGCGGGAGAGCCAGAUCACUGAGGUGAAGGUGAAGAUGGAGAAGUCCGACCGGCCCAGCUGUUCUGACAGCUCCUCCCUGGGGGACGAUGGGUACCACACCGAGAUGGUGGAUGGGGAGCAGGUCGUGGCCGUCAACGUGGGUUCCUACGGCUCUGUGCUCCAGCACGCCUAUUCCUACUCCCAGGCAGCCUCGCAGUCAGCAGGCAUGUCAGAGGCUUUUGGAAGUUUGAGUAAUUCCAGUCCGUCCAGAUCGAUGCUGAGCUGUUUCCGAGGAGGACGCGCCCGCCAGAAGCGGGCUCUGUCUGUCCACCUGCACAGUGACCUGCAGGGCCUGGUGCAGGGUUCCGACGGCGAGGCCAUGAUGAGUAACCCCGGGUAUGAGAGCAGUCCCCGGGAGAGGAGUGCGAGAGGCCACUGGUACCCGUACAACGAGAGGUUGAUCUGUAUUUACUGUGGCAAGUCCUUCAACCAGAAAGGCAGCCUUGAUAGGCACAUGCGGCUCCACAUGGGCAUCACCCCCUUUGUGUGCAAGUUCUGUGGGAAGAAGUACACACGGAAGGACCAACUGGAGUACCACAUCCGGGGCCACACUGACGAUAAGCCGUUCCGCUGUGAGAUCUGCGGGAAAUGCUUUCCUUUCCAGGGUACCCUCAACCAGCACCUGCGGAAAAACCACCCCGGAGUGGCCGAAGUCAGGAGUCGCAUCGAGUCCCCUGAGAGAACAGACGUGUACGUGGAACAGAAACUAGAAAAUGAUGCAUCGGCCUCCGAGAUGGCCCUGGAUUCCCGCAUGGAAAUUCACACGGUGUCGGAUGCUCCUGACUAAGGUGGUAAAGGAGUGCACCCAAACAAAGCACACUGAUCAAUGCAUAUUUGUGAUUUGCUUUGUCGUAGUCUUUGGUUUUCCCAACCAUCUGGAAAUCUCUUGGUCUCUUGGCAGUUUUCUAAGGUUUCUGGAAGGAACACUUCAUUGUGUUUAUCCUUUCCCCCGCCCUCCCUCCCCAAGGAGCUCAAAGCAUGAAGGGCAACGAAUCCAGGGAAAACACAGGCUGACAGUAUUCCUCUUUGGCUGAACUCUUAACCCAGAAUCUGCCAGUGAUUUAGCUAAUGCCAACCGGUCGACCCCACAUGCUCUGCCAAAGGCAGACUCUCUCAUUGCGUGCACUGGUGCUGGUGCAUUUCCGUGGAGAGGGGCUAGGAGGCCGUCAGCUGAUGCAAAUGGGUAACCUUUUCUAAUUUAAAAUUACUUUUAGGGGGUAGUUAGACAAUUUAUAUAUAUAUAUAAUAAAGUGAUUAUUAUAUAUAUAGUAUAUAUACAUUCUCAAAUUUGAUUUUAUUCUGGUUGAGGUGAAUGUAAGAGGAAUAUAUAAUUUAAUACAAUGUGAACAGGGCUUUUGACUCUGUCUCGUCCCUACCUAAUACGUUAGGGUUUUGCCCCUUUAUUUCCCUUACGAAAGAAUGUUAAUAGGUUUUCAUAUAUAUUAAUCAUUGUGUCCAAAAGCAAGCAAAGCAAAUCACAGUGUUCAUAGCUCUGCUUCAUAACAAACACAUAAACCAAAUGCCAUAAAAUGCAUUCAACUCUAGUCGGAAACCAUUUGGGAUUUUUGUUAGUUGUCCAGUGGGUACGCUGGAUGACCCGUGGUGCUGACCUUUUUACAUAUUGUCGUGUUAUAUUAGCCAACCCCAAAGGAGCAGUGGUUUUCCAUGUUUUUACUGGCCUACGAAUCUACCUUCAUUCCGUACUGUAGAGACAUACAUACCAGGUAACUGACUCGAAUCACUCUACCGGGAGUUAGUACUCGCACUAAAGGAAAGGGAUUUGUAGCUCUGGCUACGAAAUUCUCCGAGCAGUGUUGUGGUUUUUUUUUUUUUUUUUUUUUCUUUCUCUUUUCAAACAGCCAGUUCAGGUGCACAGCAACUUUUUCUACAUGCAGUUCCCAGGGAAACUGCAGAACUUGGAAUUUGUACUUUUUGUAAAGAUAUACUCUAUGGGAAUUGCAAGCAAUAUAUCUCCUUAGUAUCGUGUGUGCUAACGAGAGCCCCAGCGGCUCCCCCACGCUCAGUGUUUCCUGCUUCAAGAAACCAACAGUUAAAAACGCCCUCUAAGAUACUCUGUGUCACCAAAUCUCUGUGUGUCACCAUAUUUUGGGUCACGUGGUGCUAUUUUUAUGUUAUGUAUCUUUUUUAGGUCAGUAUAGAUGUAAAAAAUGUGAAAUCUUAUGGUAAUAAGUGAAUUACAACUUAUUUUCCUCUCUUGAGUUUAUAGCUUGAAAAGAGACCUCAAAAGCAUGUGCUGGCAAACACAUCCCUGUAUGAAAACAUACCUGGGGCCUGUUUGGAUCAUGUUUUAUAACUGGUGCUUCAGGAAGCGUCUUCAGUUCUGUCCUUGACUCCCCCGUGGGCCGCUCCUGGAUGGGUCGGGUGUGUCUGCCCUGCCCGGGGUGGGGUCCUGCCGUCAGCAGGUGCUAGCAGCCGGGGGCCAGUCUCCCUCUGUUGGAGAACCUUGGCUCACAGACCACCUAAAGGAAAACAACCAAAAUGACUGACUUCAGAGGCCAGGAGUUAACGGAAUAUAAAAGAUAGAUGUUUGCUGGUUUUCCAUGCUUUCUUGGCUCUUAAAUACCAAGAAUGGUAGUUUUUUGUUUUGUUUUUUUUUUUAAUUUUUGGGGUUUGGGGGUUUUGUUUUGUUUUUUAUUUUUUAGGGGGGGUAAAAAGUCAUUCAGACCCUUGUGUGUGCAGCCCCCAAGGGGUGGCUGUGCAGCAGCAUCUCUUUAGCACACAGGACCUGCUCUUGUGUGACCUGCUGUGCCACACGUCAGUGUUACGACGUACAGAUCACGCUAAUCCUGCUGCUCCUGAGGAGUAGCUUUUGCUAAAUCGGGUAUAUAGUAUGCCUUUUCCUGUCAGACUGCCUAAGUAAGGGGCUUGGUCUCUCUCUGAAGCACUUGUUCAACUCCUGUCAAAGCCGCGUGCCUCAGGGGGAGGCUGGACCCCAGGUGUUUACCCACUUAAAUAUGUUCUGGGGUUUCAGGUAAAUGUUUGUGAUUUUUUUUUUCCUUACAUGAAAUCAUUUGGUUUUGACUUUUUUUUUUAAGAAUGCAAAAAAUUUGUGUUGUGAUACAAAUUAAGUUGGUGACAUGAAAUGCCCGAGUCAAGGACUAAGAGGUCAGGCUCAGGGAGGAACCUCCUUUUCACUCAGGCUUGAGGCCUCCUGAGAGACCUCCAGAGCGUUCCGUGAGACACAAGACAUGUCAGGAGGGGGGAGCCCCUGGGGCAGCAGCACCUCGGACGUCCUGGUUCUUGUCACCGUGUCAGUCUUAAUCUUAUUUACACAGAGUUCUUUGUAUUUGUAAAUUUGUUUGACUGGUUUGAGUUUACCAAAGAGUGACUUAUCCAAAAUUGUCUUUGACAAAAAUAUACAUUGCUUUGAUUGUACAGUUCAGGUUCAAACAUUGUAAUGGGACUGUUAAGGGGCAGAAAAUUGAUUGCGUUUCUAAUAAUCAUGAUUCCACGUUUGGCAAGUUCUACUUGCUCCCAUUCAUGUCGCUAACACUUUACCCUUUCCACUGCUAGCAGUGUUAAGAAUGAAUUCUCAAGCCAUAACACAGUACUGUAAGGUUCCGCGGGGCUGACAGGGAGGGGCGCGGAGGCCGGCGUGGAGCUGAGUGGCCUCCCUGAGCGUGCGCCCCGCCGCGCUUCUCAGUGUGCGUGGCGGGCGAAAGAUUAACUCCAUUCAGAUCGGGCAGCAGCAAUUAAUUGUGCCUUGUCACAUGAGGAUGUGCCAGGAGGAUUAACAUGACCACAGAACAGAAACGUUCUCCCCCGAAAGUCACUCACGUCUCUGCAGACGAAGCACGCUGUGUAACUCCUUAGAGCAACUCUUUGGAAAGCAAAGUCCCUAUUUCUGUACAGUUUUAGGUUAGACGUUUAAUUUGUUACAAAUGCAAAAAUCAAUUAAGAAAAAGGUGAUAUGUGAAGAAUCUUUUACAGUCAAAUAUAUCCUGAAUUCAUAUAGGCUUGUUCAUAAUUGAGUCUCUUCUUGAGCUACCUUUUCAAUACGUAGACAAUGUGAAGACAGUGACAGCGUCCUUUUCUAUAGGUGUCUAACCUGUUAUUACAAACUGUGAAAACAAAGAAUUUUUAUACUUUUCCUAAUGUUUGUGGUUUUAAGCAGUUAUUUUCAUUCUUACCGGGUCUCUACCCUCUACUAAAGUUGUAAAUACGUCUAGAAAUUAUGUCUGUAAACACAGCACAUGAAAACAUGCUCAGAUUUUAGUCGGUGGCAAGCCUUCCAGUAGGCUCAGCCUUGGCAGUUUUGGUGUUUUUUUUUUUUUUUUUUUUUUUUCUUUUUUCUUUAGCAGCGGAAAGGAUACUGUCGGUUCACUGUUAAGCAGAAUAUACUGUAGAACUAAAUGGAUGAUUUUUAGAUCUUCCGGAGGAAGCAUAGUAAUGUCUUUUCUAAUGAUAGCAGUUAUAACCAAGUCUUCUGUUUUUUUCCCUUAGCCCAGACCGUAGGCCUGCAUAUUUUUGUGCGUGGUUUUGUUUCUUUUUUUGUUUUUUUGUUUUUACGGCCUAGACUCUAGGAAGAACUUGCAGGAACACAAACCAAGGGCUGGGGGCGGGGGUGGGGUGGGGAAUCAUCUAUGUGAAUGAGCUUUACUUUAAAGAAAUCAGUGUAUUUUAUUUUAACAACUUUUUCUAUUAGUUAACUGUGAUUUUGUUGUCGUCGUCGUUACUGGUAAAUUCUGUAACGGUUUCCUGUGAAGCCUCCACUGAAAGGGACUCAAAUAUGCAACACCUAAACUAUUUUCCGAGGGCGCAUGCCCCUUGAAUGGUGCUUCUAGACUGGUCAGGGUUAUUUAUUAAAUUUUAUAUAUGAAAGUAUUGGGGAAUUAUGUAAAUUCUUUAUAUGAAACUCUAGUUCAUAAGUCAUAGAUUUCAUAUUACUCAGUGCAACUGAACGCCAAGUUCAGAAGUCAUUCACAUUGUUCCGAGUUUGUAACGGCCCUUCCGUCACGUGCGUCUUCUUCAGUAAGUGCCAGAGCGUGUCCACUGUUCUGCCCAGUGCUUGACUUCCGGGCCCGGGGAGAACCUGCUUUCUCGGGUUCCCCUCUGGGUCUGGCACCCGCGGGGCUUUCCUAGCGCUCGACCCAGUCCUGGAGUCAGCCUCGGGGCAGUCAGUAAGCGGACCUCUUGCUGCCCCUCAGUGACAAGUAUGCUGUGAAUUCAACCUUCGGACUUGCCGCCCAAGCCCUUGGUUGCUGCCCUGACUAUAUAGUAAGAGGUCGCCGUACCUGGUUUCUCUGAGAAUGACCCUUUUCCUAAUGUGAAAACCAUCUCUCUCACCACUUAUUAGUAGGGCUAACAUUUUUUUUUUCCGUUAUAAAUGGUCGAGCAAUUUGAAUGACUUAACACAGUGUCAUUUUCUUGCAAUAUAAACUGGUAACCUCACAACUCCACACUUCAUCACCACAUGAAGUAAAUGAAGCUAGCUAAGCGGAUGCUGUAUCAACUAGUAACUUGCCAUUAAGGAUUAUUUUAUAGCAUGAAUUUAAGACUAUUUAUUCAAAUGAUAUUUUACUCUUGUAUUCAUUUUUGUUUUAGAUUUGUGACAUGAAUAUUUCAGUGCUGCUUAAUUUUGUUCUGAAUUCUUGUUUCUUGCUUGUAAAUGGCUUUUUUAUGGUAUAAAUAAAGUCAAUGGAAAUUGCUGUUUGUAAAUAAAAAUGCUGCUGGAGCAAA